AUGCACGGCAAGAUCAUCUUCUACGAGGACAAGAACUUCCAGGGUCGCUCCUAUGAGACCAGCAGCGACUGUGCUGAUAUGUCCUCUCACCUGAGCAGGUGUCACUCCUGCAGGGUGGAGAGCGGCUGCUUCAUGGUCUAUGACCGCCCCAACUUCAUUGGGAACCAGUAUUUCAUGAGGAGGGGCGAGUACUCAGACUACCAACGUAUGAUAGGUUUCAGCGACUGCAUCAGAUCCUGUCGUAUGAUCCCCAUGCACAAAGGGUCCUACAGAGUAAGGAUAUAUGAGAGGGAGAACUUCGGAGGUCAGAUGUACGAGCUCAUGGAGGACUGCGACAACUUCCAAGAUCGUUACCGCAUGUCCGACUGCCAGUCGUGCCACGUGAUGGAUGGCCACUGGCUGAUGUACGAGCAGCCCCACUACAGAGGCAGGAUGAUGUACCUGAGGCCCGGAGAGUACAGGAGCUUCAGGGACAUGGGAUAUGACGGAAUGAGAUUCAGCUCCAUCAGACGCAUCAGUGAAUCCUGUUAACUACUAACACAUUUUAAUCUCGUAAAGAAAUAAAAGAAUUUUC